AUGGUCAAGGCGAAGAAGUUGUUACUCAAGUACGCCAAUGUUUUCUCGUCAAACGAAGCUGACAUAGGAAAGACUGCCUUAGUUCAACACAAAAUAAACACAGGACAAGAAUUGCCUAUUCGUCAGCGGCCAAGAAGAUUGCCUGUAGCACGUGAAAAGGAAGUGGAAACCAUGAUUGAGGGAAUGGUGAAGGAUGGUGUUAUUGAACCUUCAUCUAGUCCAUGGUGUUCACCUGUGGUGCUGGUAAAGAUGAAGGACGGCAGCAUGCGGUUUUGUGUUGACCGCCGCCUGAACGACGUUACGAAGAAGGACAGCUAUCCCUUGCCUAGAAUUGAUGACACGCUGGACAUGCUCACAGGCGUAAAGUGGUUUAGUACGCUGGACCUGAAAAGUGGCCACUGGCAGGUUGAAAUUGACCCUAAGGACAAGGAGAAAACUGCAUUCUCCACAGGAAAGGGUCUGUGGCAAUUUAAAGUCAUGCCGUUUGGAUUGUGCAAUGCUCCAGCAACGUUUGAAAGAUUGAUGGAGCUUGUACUUAGCGGGCUAAUUGGAAAUGCCUGUCUGGUCUAUUUGGAUGACAUCAUCAUCGUAGGCCGUACGUUUGAGGAACACCUUCAAAACCUGGUCUCAUGA